ACGAUGUUCCUAUGAAGGAGAACGUGCAGGGGAGAUGGGGUGGAGCAGUGGAAGUGGGAGGAGGUGACUGUGGGGUUGGGCCGAGGAGGCAGAGGCACAGCAUUGCCGCGUCAACUAAUCUCGAGGGCCUAGUGCCGUCCCGGCCACUAGGGACAGCUGCGAACAGGGUGGGGCGAGGGGCGCUGGGGGAACGGGAGGCGGAGGGGAAGGGGGGAGUUGGGGAAAGGGGGCCGCAGGCGGGGACGGGCGUUGGGGUGAGAACGGGGAACGUGAGUGGAGGCGGAAUUGGGGGAGGUGGGAUUGGGGGGGUUGGGAUUGGGGGUGCUGGUGGGGAGAGGAGGGCGGUGCAUGCUAGGAGGUCUGUUGGGGGGUUAGUGCGAGUGAGUGAGGAGAGUGGUGGGGGGAUGGGCGAGGAGAGGACGAGAGCAGCGGGUGGGCUUGUUAGGCCUGCCACCAGUUAUGGGGCUGGCGGGAUGGGGGUAACAGGAGGAGCAGGGGUAGGAGGGAGGGAUCGGACACAGCGAAAUAAGCUGCAGCAUCAGCAGAGGGAUGUGGGGGAGGAGAUGAGGGCGAAGGUAGAGGAGGGGUUGCGGAAGGGUUGUGACUGGUCGAGACGGGUGGCGGCAUUAGAGGCUGUGAGGGGGUGUGCGAUGGGUGGAGGGGACGUGGCGGCGUGGGGAGGAGGCGAGGAGGAUGGAGUGAGCCGCAAGGGUGUUCAUACCGUUAUGAAGGUGCGUGCAUGGGGUUGGGCAGUGGGGAUGCAUGGGGUUGGGCAGUGGGGAUGCAUGGGGUUGGGCAGUGGGGAUGCAUGGGGUUGGGCAGUGGGGAUGCAUGGGGUUGGGCAGUGGGGAUGCAUGGGGUUGGGUAAUGAGCACCUGGACAGAGUAGUGGAGCUGCUAGUAGCGGGGAUGGAAUUCGCCCACACCAAAGUCGCCUCCUCAGCUUUGUCCCUUCUAGAAGACCUCGUGCUGCACUGCCCGCCCAUCCUCUUCCCUCCCCACCUUGACAAAUGGCUCCCCCCUCUCUUCUCCCGCGUGGCUGACACUGGAAAGGAUCGUAUGCGAGCACAGGCAGAGGGGAUACUGGAUUGUGCUUUAAACAGCUGGUUUAGGCGUGGAGAUGGGUGUGGAGGGGUGAAUGGGGGGUUGGGUGAGGUGGGGAGGAGUGGAGAGGGGUUGAGAGGGGGAGAGGGGGAGGCUGUGCAGGUGCUGCUGCCGGUGCUGGAGAGGGCUUUGGAGGGGCAGAGGGGCCCGAGGGUGAGAGUGAGUGUGGUGGAGUUUGCAGAGCAGGUGCUGAAGGGGAGGGCGGGGAGAGAGGCGGAGGGGGAGGGGGGAGACGGUGAAGAGGAGGGGGAGGAUUCGAGGCAGCGUGGCGGCAAUGCAGCGGCCCGAGUCAGGAGAAGCACAGCAGAAGGUGAGUCAUUGUUCUGUGCUAAUGCUGGUGCUGGGGAGGGCUUUGGAGUGGCAGAGGGGGCCGCGGGUGAGGGUGUGUGUGGUGGAAUUCGCACUGCUUGUGCUGAGGGGGAGGGCUGGGAGAGAGGAGGAGAGGGAGGAAGAAGGGGAGAGGGCGGAUGGAGGAGAGGAGGGGGAAGAAGGGAGGCAGCGUGGUGGGGUUGCAAUGGCUCGGGUCAGAAGGAGCACAGCGGAAGAGCAUUCGGCAGUGGGGCGUUCGGCUCCUCCCACUGCUCAAGGACCCCAAGACCCGCCUGCCAAUGGUCCCCCACUCUUCAAGCCACCAACGACUACUUUCUUCCCCGCCACCCUUCCUCCCAUCCAGCCAAGAGCAUUCGGCAGUGGGACGUUCGCCUCCUCCCACUGCUCAAGGACCCCAAGACCCGCCUGCCAUCAGCACAGUGCCUGGGCGAGGUGGUUGAGUCGACUCAAAUAUUGACUCCCGCCUUCCCUCCUCCCCCACCUCAUCCAGCCAAGAGCAUUUGGCAGUGGGGCGUUCGCCUCCUCCCACUGCUCAAGGACCCCAAGACCCGCAUGCCAUCAGCACAGUGCCUGGGCGAGGUGGUUGAGUCGACUCAAAUAUUGACUCCCGCCUUCCCUCCUCCCCCACCUCAUCCAGCCAAGAGCAUUCGGCAGUGGGGCGUUCGCCUCCUCCCACUGCUCAAGGACCCCAAGACCCGCAUGCCUGCAGUGCGAUGUCUGGGGGAGGUGGUUGAACAGAUAGGUCCUGCCUUCCUGGCGAGCCACAUUGAUUCGCUCCCCGACUCGGAACUCACGGACUUCCUCGCUCUGGUAGACAGGGCAGUGGAGCCAGAUGUAGCGGCGGCUGUGGCAGAGUUUGUGCAGGGGAGUCACAUUCACGGGCAUGGGUAUGGCAACUCGGCAGCUGGGCAGAGACACGAACGAGCAUCUGGAGCAGCCCGAGCAUCCGCAACGACCGCCGGCACAGGCAUGCAUGCAGCUGGGCCCACUGAACGAGACAGUGUGCAUGCAGUGUGGGAAGGGGAGGGCGAGGGAGAGCAAGAAGCACUAAGAGAGGAUGAGAGAUGGGAAGAGGGAGAAGAUGGAGGGGAAGUUGAGGGCGCAGGUGAGGAGUCUGAACAAGAGGGUGGAGACGAGGGUGGAGACGAGGGUGGAGACAAGGGUGGAGACGAGGGUGGAGACGAGGAAAGGCUUGCUGAGGGGGAGAUGUAUGGUGAAGGGCCAAUUGCGCCUGGUCAGAAUGCGGUGCAAUACGGUAUGGACCCUUUCUUUGCGGUGCCCCAAAAGAUUCAGUGUGAACAGCCUUUUGCGACUGGUGAGAAUGGGGUGCGAGGCGGAACAUCAGCAGAAUCUGCUGCCUCUGAAGCAUCUGCAGAAGCAUCUGCUUCAACAGCCGUCACCGACUCAGCAGUGGAUUCAGCAGCCCAUCACUUACCUAAGCACGUCUCUCUGAGUGCUGCUGCGAACUCCCCGGGUGCAGCUCACAACCCCUCUUUUCUUCCAAGUUAUGCUCCUCUUGCUACAGAUGACUUUGCUAAGAGAGAUGAAAGGCUGCUUGACCAAGGGCCAUGGGGAGGAAGAGCGGAAAGCGGGGAAGGGGGUGCAUGUGCUGGUGGGGAGGAGUGGGUGGGGUGGGAGGAGGAGAGGGAAGAGGUGGAUGAUGCAUGGGUGGCAGCUGAAAUCGCUGAUGCCAUGAUGUGGGCGACUGGGAGAGAAGAGAUGUUGGAUGUGUGUGGCGAGGAGUGUAGACUUAGCCUGCCGGCAGCCAUGUCUACCGGCGGGUGGUUCGACGCGAUGAGCGUGCGACACUUUAUCAUGCAGGCGCUCGGGUUAGGCAUGAUAGUGACGUCAGCGCUGGUCAUCUGGAAGGGUCUCAUGUGCUGGACCAAUAGCGAGUCUCCAGUUGUCGUCGUGCUCUCAGGCUCCAUGGAACCCGGCUUCAAACGAGGAGACAUUCUCUUUCUCCACAUGAACCCAACGCCACUCUCUGUGGGAGAGAUUGUGGUCUUCAACGUGGAUGGUCGAGACAUCCCCAUUGUCCACCGUGUUAUCAAGGUCCAUCAAGAGGCAGACCCUGACGAGUUUCAGGCGCUCACAAAAGGUGACAACAACGAAGGGGACGAUCUGCCUCUGUAUGCGGAGGGGCAGCUGUGGCUGCGCAAGAAGCACAUAAUUGGGCGCGCCAUGGGAUACCUCCCCUAUAUUGGCUACGUCACCAUUAUUAUGACUGAGCACCCCUACAUCAAG